CUUUUGAUAGGCUAUAUUUAAUAAUUUAUUUCCUGAACCUUGGCGUUGCUAUAUGCGCUACUGUUUCAACUACAGCGACGUCCCCGAGGAACUCUAGACCUCCGUGUGAAUAUUGCGCAAAAAUCCCGUUGCAUUAGAAUAGCAGUUCGCUCAACUGGUGUUAUUCUGACACGACCAUCACCUCACGUUAGUUCAGGAGUGAAACGCUGUGAAACCGAGUGGCGUCAAAAAGGUUUGAAUAAAGAUGGCAGAAGUUGUACACAUGAUUGACAGCGAGGUUUUCCUGGCCUUCUCCACAUAUGCAACCAUAGUCGUCCUCAAAAUGAUGCUCAUGAGCUUCGUGACCUCAUAUUUUCGCUUGACAAAACAGGUUUUUUCAAACUUGGAGGACACCACCUUGGUGAAGACCACAGAAGACAGGAAGAGGCUGGUCAGGGUUGAUCCAGAUGUGGAAAGAGUGCGACGGUGCCAUCUAAAUGACCUGGAAAACAUUGUUCCCUUUGUGGUGAUCGGUUUUCUGUAUGCACUCACGGGGCCAGAUCUCUACACGGCUCUGUUGCACUUCCGGGUGUUUGUAGGGUCACGUUUCGUCCACACAGUGGCCUAUGUGAUGGCUCUGCCCCAGCCUACCAGAGGUCUGACCUUUGGUGUGGGGCUGUUCACAACUUUUUCUAUGGCUUACCGGGUGCUCACCACAGCACUUUUUCUCUAAUGGAUAGCAUUCACUUCAUUUAAAACCAUUUAGUUUGAGUUUACAUGCUUUUCUACAAUGUUGCGUAAAAGAAAUGUGUUGAGGAACCAAUUAUAAUGCUGUUUUUGUGUUUUCUAUUGGCUUUCAGUACCACAGUCCCAUGAAUGCACUUUAUAGUGUGAAUUAAAACUAAACAUAUGGCCUAAUACUGCUGAUAAUAUUUAAUUAAUGUUAUCUUAAACUCCUGACACAUUUCAGGAUGAGUCUAAAGCUUUGACCCGUAUUGUACACUGUGAACAGACAUUUGAUUUUUGUUACUUAUUAAUCACGAUAAGACUUUGAGCAGCAACUUUGGAUUGUGUCAGGUAUUAAGGCCUAUUUAAGUUUGUGUGCAUUUAACAGUUUCACAGUAGUGAAGACAAAAGGAAAAUGUUUAAUUUGCAAAGUACCAACUUAGAACUUUAAUGUUCAUUGUCAGCAGGUUUAAAGAAAGUAUGAACAAUAACAAAAUGUUUAUAAAUGGAUUAAAUAAAGUUUGAAAAUAAAAAAUAAGAAUGUUUCUGACAAGUGGUUGCAAUGAUGCUUUUACAGUUGCAAGUGUGCAAAAAAACAGUGCAUGUUUUGGCCACUAGAGAGAGCUAUUUGAAAGCCCAAGUGGUACCAAUGAUAAGUCCGAUGUUUGUCUAAUGCUCAUGAAGCACCUCUUUAUUUGUUUCUAACGCACCUUUAGCAUGCAGGCACAAAAAACUCAUUACUGUGCACUCUAUCUGAUCGUAUUCUGCCUCAGUAGAUAAAUUGACCUGUUUUAUAUAGCCACACUGCUAACAUUAGCUGAUGUUUGGUAAAAAUAGCCCUGCUUAACAGAACAAGAAAUGCUAUCUUAUUCAUGCUUCACUCAUUAUCUUGAUAUGUUAUGAAUAGCUUCAUUACUAA